UAUUGCAAUUGUUUUUGCAGAAAAUCUCCCCAAUAUUACCUUUUACAUAUAUCUUGCGAUUUCUAAUUUCUGUGAAACAAUGAGUGGUUACGGUGUAGUUAUCGAUGGUAUGACAGCUACGAAGAAAGGCAAUAACGAUUCUAAUGCCUCGAAAGAAUCUGUCACAGAAGACGAGUUGCUGGUGAAAGGGUCUGUCACCCCGAAUGAUGUCCUAAGGCUGGGAAAAGUAACCGCCAAAUAUCUGUGUGGAAUGGACGCCAAUACGUACGGAGUUGACUUCACCCGCUUCAAGAUCCGGUGCAUGGAUACGGGUGUCGUUUUGUUUGAAAUUUCCAAGCCUUCUUCGGAUUAUGCGGUCCCGGCGAUCAACGUGGAUGAUGAUUUAGAAAGAGGAGCCUCUCAGGACAGGGAAUGCACUGCCGGGCGUUAUGUACGAUACCAGUUCACUCCAGAGUUCCUGAAGUUCCGACGCAUCGGUGCAACGGUUGAAUUUGCUGUGGGAGAUAAACCUGUCAACAACUUUCGGAUGAUCGAAAGGCAUUUUUUCCGAGACCGACUGUUGAAAACUUUCGAUUUUGAUUUCGGAUUUUGUAUUCCGAACUCCCGUAACUCAUGCGAACAUAUAUACGAGAUGCCCGAGCUGGAUAAAAAUUUGAUGCAAGAAAUGAUUGCGAGCCCGUUUGAAACAAGAAGCGACAGUUUCUACUUCGUGGGAAAUGAAUUGAUAAUGCACAACAAAGCGGACUACGCAUACAAUGGCGGAGCUAAUAUUGCCGGCCCAAAGCAUGCUCUUGAUUAGGUUCGCUUUGCGAGCGAAGUUCUGUCCUUUCACCAGAUUUUUCGUUGGACAGAAUCUUCAAUCGAUCCACAACUAUCUUAAGUCAAAUUGUGUGAUGAAAAACACGGAUUACAUGUCUUUUUUUCCUAGAUGUGACCUUUUAAUUUGCGGAAAUGAAGAAAUUGAAUGAAACCUUGUGAUUGCACGUGGUAAAGAUUUGUGUAGCUGUCUCCCGGUGCUUGCUCAGAUUGCCAUGAGUGGAUGUAUUUUUAAAGUUUUGAGAAACAAUCACGUUUUGGAAUUGGUUAAUUUGGAAAUGGUUUUUGUUUAUGCCACGUCAGUAUUCAUUUCAAGUGAGCACAUGCGAUUUCGAAUCUCUUUUUUUGUUAUAUAUCUGCGCGCGUUGAAUCGGAGGCGUGCCUUGCGGAUUUUUGUUUUGCUAUUGAAGGACUGAGCGCCGUGACCAACUACACUGAUGAGUGAUCGACGUUGUAUAUGUGUUGAUCGUUGGGAAUUUGUGAACAUUCGGCACAUUUGUACUGCAUUAAAGUUCACGGUGCACUCUGCUGAAA